CAGCUACCAUCUCCACCUGCCGGUCUUCAACCCACCUCUCCUGCUCGAAAGACUGUUCGCAAGAACUCAGACAGGUUGGAUUCAUCGUCAAAGACGGUUAAAUACGGUCAAAUAAACCAGAUCAAGCUGAUGAUAUAUUUGUUUAUCACGAACAGCGGAAUAAAAAAGUAGAUCAAUGAACAAUACCAACACGAGCUCAGAUAAUUUUUGAAUAGAUCGGAUGGAGUCGUGAGCGUUCGUAAGUACUCGAUUGCAGAGUGAAGGUGGAAGGUGCCACCACGUGACAAGCAGUGGUUUCGACUGGUCACCCCGACAAAUGGUAUGACGAUGGCUGACUCGAAUUACGAAAGAGUGGACGUUUUUUUCAGGGGCAAUUUUCCGAGUAAGGCCGCUGCGUUCGCAAGAAAGCGACGCACAUUUUCAUUUUUGUUAUUCUGCGGAUACAGUAGUCAACGCACCAUGGUCUACAACAUUAAGUGGAUAAUACCUAAGUUGAAAAAUCCUUCAAAGUUGUGGAAUUUCGCAAGUACACUUACCUUUGCCGCAGUAGGAAUUGUUUCUAAAUUAAUUAUUCAGUGGCUGAAUAAAACAACAGUUCACAACAAACACAUAUUUGAAAAAGCAUUGAACCAGAGGCCGAGAGAUGUACCGCUCAUAACAGUCUCCAAUCACGAUAGCUGCUUUGAUGAUCCUGGGAUUUGGGCGUCCUUGGAUUUUCGGCAUGUAAUAAAUAGGAAAAAAAUGAGAUGGUCGUUAGCAGCACAUGAUAUUUGUUUCACAAAUUCCUGGCAUUCAUGUUUCUUCAUGCUUGGAAAAUGUAUACCAACUGUAAGAGGUGACGGAGUUUAUCAGGAAGCUAUUAAUUUUUGUAUAGAAAAAUUAGCCCAAGGAGAUUGGGUUCAUGUAUUUCCGGAAGGAAAAGUAAAUAUGUUCAAAGAAUAUAUAAGGUUAAAAUGGGGUGUUGGAAGAUUAAUUCUUGAAUCACCGGUCACACCUAUUGUCGUGCCAAUUUACCAUGUAGGAAUGGACCAAGUAUUACCUAAUGAGCCACCUUAUAUCAUUAAAUUGUUCAAAAAGGUGACGAUUAAGUACGGAGAGCCAAUAGACUUUAGCAAAUUAUUAGCAGAAUUACGGGCAUCUAAUGCUGAUGAAGUACAAGCAAGAAAAGCCAUAACCGAUUACAUUGACGCUGAACUUCUCAGAUUAAAAAAAGAAACCGAAGAAUUACAUGUUAAGCUAUGACGUUGCCGUAACUCUGUUUAGUAUUGAAUUUUAACCAAUCUCAUGUAAUUUAAAUAACAAGGUCAGCAGUAUAAAUAAGUGAAUUGUUUUCGUGAGUGAUUAACGAUUUACAUUUACGAUAGACGGAAUUUUUUUAUGAUUCGACGUUAAAUGUAGCAAUGCAUUGUUUAAAAACUAUGAUACGGCAUAAAUGAAAUUAAUGUCACUAAAUAAUGUGACGCACUUUUGUAUCAUGCGUAAGUCCGACUCAUUAACAAGUUCAGCUAAUAGUAAUUACGCUUACAUAUCAGUCUAUUUGUUUUUAUCCUGUAAAUAACAUAACAUUGUGUAUAUUUUGGGUAUAAAAAAAAUUAUUAAGCUUAGAAUAAAAAAUGUUUACUACUUUUUUAAAA